GCAACGUAGUUGAAGCUAGCAUGCCAAUGCAACCUGUAAACCCCAUUUGAACGGCGUAACGUUAGCUUAUAGCAAUGUAUUAUUAUCGUAUAGUUAAGUAAAAAUGACUGACAUUUUAUCGUUGAAAGAGUCAGUUCUGGUCUAUUUAGACAGAAGUGGUGGACUUCAGAAACUGUCCGAAGACUGUAAACCAUUUAACGACCCCCAGCAGAUUGAGGCAGUCUACAGGUUUUGCAUCAGUGUGAAUCCCUCUGAUGUGAUAGAGGUGGAUCCUGUGUUGGGUGACUGUCUUCUACGUGAUCCCCUAAGAGCAACAGCGUUGUUUAAGUCUGUUUGCUUCCUGGCCAUAAAGACACUGUCACUUCUUGAGAAAAUACACACUGAAAGUCAGGUCAACGUAAUCCUGAAGUUGACACACCUGCCUCCAUUCCCUGAGUACACAUUGGACCUUCGUAGAUUUCCUCGUGGGUAUGGCCCCAUGAGGCCUGUUUCCAUGGAGGGCCUGGUCAUUGCCAUGACUAGGGUCACUAAAUACACCCAGGGGGCCAGGUUCCUCUGCAUUAAUGAUGACUGUCCAUGCUCUACAGGGUUUCAAUGCAUUCGCGUCCAUGCACCUGGAGCCACAGAGUCAGCUACCGUGAGAAACAACUUCAGCUGCAUGAUCUGCAGCUCCCAGCUGAAAGAGGAUGUGAAGUUUAGAGUGCUGGGAGAUAAACAGCUUGUGGAGCUGAUCCAUGUCAAAGCACUGGAUGGUCUAGGUGUCCAUCAGCAAAGCCCACUCAGGUACCAGUCUGUCACCCUGUUUCUCAGAGAUGAGCUGUGUAACUCAAUGAGAAUCGGUCGACUCUACAGGGUGAUAGGCAUUCCUGCGCAUGUGCACCAGUGGCCCGGCAUUACCUGGAGUGUAGAGGCAAAUAGUGUCGAACCGUGGGAGCCAGAGAAUCCCUGUAAAGUCAGUGCCAGCUUCCAGGAGCUGUUGGAGGUCACAGCCGGUUCUCCCUGGAGGUUCUCUGCCACUCUGGCUAACUCCUUUGGGUUGGACGUGGCUCCUCCCGGCCUCUACAACACCUUGAAGCUGGGCUUGUUGCUCAGCUUGGUGCAGACUAGAGCAGAUGCAAAAGACAGAUUGCACAAUGUAGAUCUCCUGGUUGUCACCUCUGACACUCUCGUACUAGACAGAUUAAUGACAUACAGCCUGAGCUUGGCGUGUCGUGGGGUCAGGCAUCAGACUUCAGGGGAGAUGUUUGCAUCUCUGUCCCGAGACGAACACGGAGCAGGCACUGCUAACAUCCAUGCCGGCUCUGCCCUGCUAGCCACUGGUGGUAUUUGCAUGUUGGGAGAUCUAGGCUGUUACAAAAAGGACAGGUUGGAUGCCAUUCAGUCAGUUCUAGAGAGCUGCACAGUGUCUGUGUUCAUCCCAGGGAAGAAGUAUGGCGAGGAUGCUGACCAGCAGCUGUCCCUCCCAGUCCAAUGCAGCUUCUGGGCCCUCACAGACUCCACGGAUCCCUCCUCUCGACGAUCUGGAAGGCCCGACUGUGCCGUACUGGGAACAGCAGAAAUGGGUCCCGUACCAAUUCAGUUGGCAGACGCCUUUGGCCUGGUCAUUCAGUGUAGGGAUAUGGUGGGGGAGCAUGCCCUGCUUGCCCAGACCGUCCACACCCUCCAGCAGGCAGUACACCCUGGAAACCCCCUCUACUCAUCUUGCUGGGAGUUUUCUACUCAAGACUACAAGGAGCUGGUAGCUCAUGCACGGAGUUUGCAAGUGGAGCUUAGCCCCGGAGCAGAGAAAAUAAUCCACGGUUACUACAUGGCCAGCCGUAGAGUCCGAACACAGAGUCAGGGUGUCAAGAUGUCUGUGGCCUCUAUCAAGCUUCUGAUCUCUUUGGCUGAGGCCCACUGCAAGUUAUGUCUCAGAACACGAGUACUGGAGGAAGACGCUGUGAUCGCUGUUCUCCUCUGUGAAAACUCAGUCACUCUCAAACAUGGGGCCUCGGCUCUCGUUAUUCCACCCGAUGCGGUGUUUCCAUGUAACCUGGGAGACGUGGAUGGCUUGCACAAGAGAGACGUGACCCUGGAUGAGCUCCACCAGAAUAUUUUACGCUUUAUCUACACCUAUGCACCAGGUGCAGACACAUACAUCACUGAGGAGUAAGACUUCUCUACAAAAGGUUAAGACACAGUGUUCGAGUCAAAUGAGCAAUAUAGGUGGUGGCCAGUAUCAACACGUCGAGUUUGGACAGCUUGGUGUCCGGCGGCACGGACGGCAAAGUCCUUUGUAGCUCCAGGAACGCGGUUCUCAGGGUUUGUACUCUGCUCCUCUCCCGCGCCGCGUUCGCUGCUGCUGGGCGUCCCCUGCCGCCGAGCCCGCCGGCCUGCAGCACCCUGGCCCGCUGGAGUUCCCGACGACGACCGUCGGGACUGGGACUGGAGCUCGGACUGGAUGCAGGGCUGUCAUCCACUACCGCCCCGGAGCAAUUACCGCUGUCCAUUCGGAGUGUCUGUCUUCCAACCAUCGGGGUGCACUUACAGACCUGAAGAGUAACAUCAGAUGGAUAGAGACACACCACUUUUACAAGUUUAACCUGGCCAUUUUAUUGCACUUUUUACUGAGUUCAAGAUAUGGGCUUACUGACAAGUGUAUGUUAGAGACAACAUGAAUUAUUUAUUGUAACCUUUAUGCCCCUGUUUCACCUUUAACUUAACUUCUAAAUUGUUGCUUUUGUAUUUAGGUAUUAAACCAUAACUUAAGUUG